AUGGCCGGCCUCGAAAGAUCUGCUAAGCGUGUUUCACAGUGGACCAAUAACGAGCUCCUUGCUUUCAACAUUCGAGUAAAAGACGCUGGGGUUGAGGCGUUUUUCAAUAUCCCUCAGCUCCCCCUACCAACGGUUUCUACAACAAUUUUGGAUAAUCUCGACGAGCCACCUGGGCCUUUGCUUGAAAUGGACUAUCCAUUCUUCGCUUAUAAACACUAUGCAGAACAACCGCACACCUUCAAUGAUUUUCCUAUGUUCCUUUUGAAACUCUUACGCUAUGAAAGCGGACGUCGCCUGCUCCUUGUCUGGGCAAAGGAUCCCUUGCUCAUGGCUGGUCGGCGCGUCAUUGCAAAUACCGAUCUGUACCUGAUGAAAGUAGGUGAAGUCAAGGAGGUUCUCUUGAUCGUUCACGAGGAUAAGCACUCAAACCAAGAUCCCGAAGCACAAGUCAUCGCAAAGGCAAUCGCCGCCUUCGACCGCAAUAAUAAUAACCGCGUGAAAUCAGGCUUACAACGCCUGCCGGACAAGGACAUUUGGGCUAUCGUCAAUAGACGCAAUGCACUCAUCUUUUAUCGUGUUCAUGUUACGACAGCACUUGUUGAUGCCCUUGCCGCGGCAACCUAUCCACAGGAAGAAACAAUGGUCCUGAGGUUUAUACCACCUGUCCCGAACCACGAACUGUACAAAACGGAAGGAAUGCAUCCGCUGGCCAAUAGGCGUUCUGUCUUCCAAUGCCUCGAAGCCCUCAAGGCGGUUAUAGGAUAUGUGUGA